AUGCCGCUUGGUAUUCUAGAUGAUAGUAAACUGGAACAUGUUCCAGGAACAGCACCGUUACAUGGCCUUCAUGAGACCAACACCUACUCCGGCAUAAACCCCAGUCUUCUGAAACACGAUUCCACCGGGCAAAUCGUGCUUGUUCCUCAACCGUCCGACUCGCCGAAUGACCCUUAUAAUUGGCCCCGGGUCAAGAAAGAGCUUUUCACAAUUGCCUAUGGAUGGGGUUGUGGCUGCGUUGGGGGGCGGCCUGAUCUCGCUAUUGCCGUUGGAAGCUUAAUAUUCAAUUCCUUGGCUGUGAAAUAUGGGAAACGUCCGAUUUAUCUUGGAACAACUGUUGGGCUGAUGGUGUCAUGUUUUUGGGCGGCUGAAGCCAAAAGCUUUCGCUCAUUUGUCGCUUCAAGAGUCCUUUGUGGGCUUUGCAUGGCACCUAUGGAGGCUUUGGUUCCGGCCUCCAUUGCGGAUAUCUGGUUCGUUCAUGAGCGCGGGUUCCGUACAGCUAUCUUCAACCUCGGCGUACUCGGUGGAAUCAACUUGGCGGUCCCGAUAGCGGCUGCAAUCAUUGAGUACGGAUCGCAUCGAAUUGCAUUACAUGCGAUGGGUGGUGCCUUUGCUCUGGCAUUGAUAAUGGUCUUCUUCUGGAUGCCGGAAUCCGCAUAUGUGAGAGAAACGCUGAAUAUCGAUACUGGAGAAACAAAUGGUGCUGCCGAAGAAAAGCUAGACGUGGAGCAGCUCGAAAACGCUCCAAGCACUAGAGUCCAAGCAGCCGAUGCACGCCACUCCUGGGCCAAAGAGCUACUACCGUACAACGGUUAUGUCAACCAUGUCUCGUUCUGGAAUACUAUCAUCCGGCCAUUCUAUCUUUUGGCUUCGCCACCCGUUCUUUGGGCUGUGCUUCUUUUCACCAACUGUAUAGCAUGGCUCGUGGGAAUUUCCCUCACCCUAUCCCAGAUUUUUUCCGCGCCACCCUACAACUUCUCCGUGAUGGGCGUUGGAGCAACGAACCUGUCGUCCUUUGUCGCAUCAGUCCUUGGUACCUUUAGUGCCGGACCCCUGAUUGAUGGCCUAGUUACCAAAAUGUCCAAAAUGAACGGCGGUAUCUUCGAACCCGAGUUCCGCCUACCGAUUAUGGUUACGUACCUUUUGUUUACCUCAACGGGUUUCUUUGCCUGGGGCCAGUCUUCCUAUGCACAAGACCCGUGGCCUGUACCGGUGGUUGUGUGCUUGGGCAUGAUUAAUUUUGGUGUCCAGCUGGGCACCACUGGCGUCGUCACCUAUAUUGUGGACUGUCACCGCGAGAAGGCCGGUGAGGCCUUUGCGACAAUGAACUUUUUCAAAAAUCUCUUCGCAUUUGGGCUGUCGUUCUACCUCAAUGGGUGGAUUGAUAACCAGGGUGUCCGCAACUGCUUCUUCACUAUUGGUGGAAUCACAAUGGCUGCUGCAUUGUUCACUAUCCCUAUGUAUAUCUACGGGAAACGAGCCCGAAGCUGGGUACACCGACAUGGAAUUGCUGAUCGACUGUAA